AUGACGUCUAGCGGUGCAUCCCAGCCCCGCGCCACGAGCUCCUCGCCUCUGGCAAACACACCGCCAGUCACAACAACAACGACCACAACGGUGGGGACGUUGUCGGGCUCCGAUCCCAGGCAGCAGCAGCAGCGGUUUCCCUCAUCACAGAGCCCGGUGUCAGGGCCGCCAAACACGAGCACAAACAGUGACACCCAGCGUCCGCUUUAUGCGGACGACGGCGAGCUGCCGCAGGAGAUCUUGUCAUACUUUGAGCACUGGGCCUCCCCGACGGAGGUCCUCCAGCUCCGCGCGCUAUGCAGCGAUGUUGUGAGCAAGUACAAGCACGAGGCGACGCGGCUUCUUCGCGAGCUGCAGGAGGUGAAACAGGGGCGGGAUGCACUGCAGCGCGAGGUGGAGGAGACGCAGAGGCUGCGACAGCUGUACUCCAAGGCGGAUGCCGAGUACGAGAAGGCGCGCAGGGAGCGCUCACAAUGGAGCGAGGAGCGUGAGCUGCUGCGGCUGCGACUGCAGCAGCUGAGCGUUGAGAACCAACGACUUCAGCAGAUGGUUUCCGGCCGGGGUCGCGGCCACGAUUCGCAUCAGCUGCGUGCAUGGACGACGACGGCUCCGCUGGCUUUGAGUGGAGGUAGUGGUGCGGCGAUUAUCACCUCCUCAACAACGCCGCUUGCCACAGGCUCUUCUAUACCUACACCCUCACCCAGUUUGAGCUCGGUCGCAGAGCCAACGCAUGGAGGCUUUGUGUCUCAGCAGGCGAGACCACAACGGCAGCAACCUUUGCAGCGUUCUCAACGGCAACAGCGUCACCACCCGGCGGAUGCCGAGGCUGGUGGUGACACUGGUAAUGGCAGCAGUGGCACGGGUGAGGAGUACUACUACUACUGCGGCAGCAGCAACAGCGAGAGCAGCGGGAGUGGGGAUGUCAAUGAGGCACUGCGGGAGCAGUUGCGCCUCGUUGAAGAGCUUCACCGCUGCUCCACUGAGUACGCGGAGUUGGGUGCCCGGUUUCAUUUUGCCCAGACACUCUGGGACCUCACCGCCGCGCGGUGGGAGCAGCGCUUCGUGCUGCUUACCGCCGAGAAUGAAAAGCUGAAGGGCCAGCUGCGACACUGGCGGAGUGUCGCGGAGGACACUGUGUCUCGCCUCGACGCCGUCACAAUGCAGCUGCGUGACCGCUGCGACGACGUCGAAGAAGCGCGACGUGCGCUGCAGGCGGCCCACGAGGAACGGCAGGCGGCUGUGGCGGCGGAACGAGGCGUAGCGGAGGAAUCUGCAGCCUUAAUGAAAGCCGCCCACGCCGAGGAACUCGCAGGCGUGCAGCAGCAGCUGCAAUUAGCGCUGGACGACUCCGCUCGAACGCGUGAGAAACUGCAGGGUGCAUUGGACGUGGCACGGCGGCGGGCGGACGCGCAGCGAGAGGAGCUGUUGGCCGUGAUAGAUGCUGCCGAGCAGAGGUGCGGCGACGCAUUGCGAGCCAAACUUGAACUAGAGACGGCCUUGGCGGCGUCGUCGUCAUCGCAUGAACAGCAACGCGCCCAGCUGGAGCACGAGCUGCAUCUGCUUCGCUCUGCCCAGGAGACUGCGCGGAAAAAGUGGGAGGAGCAGUCUGCGGUGCUGAAAAAGACACAGGACAGCAACGCGGGGCUGACUAUGAGGCUGCUGGAAGUGGAGGAGGAGGCUCAGACGGUGGCCGCGCAGCUGAGCGCAGCGCUGGAGGAACUGCGACGGACUGGCGAGCUGGAAGAGGCGUUAGUCAACGCACGCGCCAGGGCAGAGGAGGCGGAGUUUGAGGUGGAGACCCAACAAUCCUACUACACAGAGCAGCUGCGGAUACACCAGACCGCGCUGGCGGAGCUGCAGCGGCAGCGGGACGAGGAGGUACAGCGACUGGGACGUGCGGUUGAGCGGCUGCAGCGGCGGUACACGUCGAGUAAAGUGCGCCUGGCCGCUGCAGUGAAGGGCAUUGGCCGAGCUGGUGAGGCGACGCCCAUGUCACUGCCGCCAAUGAGAGAUGGACAAGACGAACAGCCUUCGGUGCGACCGAGUACAGUGCGGGGGAUUUUGUUGGAUGAAGCGUCAACAGGGCCAGACGCCGUCGUGCUCCUGCAGCAGUCGGCGGCCAUUGUGGCCACGUUGGCCCGCACCCUGCAUCGCGGCACCGAGGUGGCAUAG